AUGCUCUCAUGCUGGUUGAUCAUAGAGUAUGUCCAAUGAGCACCUUUCUCGCUAGACUUGAGAAAAACAUAUACAUAUCUAAAGAUGGGCAUGGCCUAAUAUCUCCCCAUUCUAAUCAACCAGUCGAUUUAUCUGAAGCCUUUCACUGCGAUGGCAUAUUGCUAUGCCCUUUUAAGAAGAACAUGAUGAUUGUGGUUUGGAACCCGUUUUCUGGGCAAACAAGAUGGAUACAGCUGCAAAAUAAAGACAACAUCGGAGCCUUUGCUCUCGGAUACGACAAGAAUGAAUUGUGUCGUAGCUACAAAUCUUGAGGUUUGUGUGUAUACACGAGAAGUUGGCUCCGGAAAGGAUGGAAAUGUAUGAGUUUACCUCUAAUUCAUGGAGGAAUCUUGAUGUGAUCAUUCCCGAUCAGGCCUACUUAAAAUGUGAUGGUCAUGCGUGUGCGUCUUUAAGUGGAAAUACUUAUUGGGUGUCAUGGAUUGAAAAAGGAGACAACGACGACUACUCACUACUCAGUUUUGAUUUUUCAACAGAAAGGUUUCAACGUUUGUGUGCUCACUUUCAUCAUCAACCAUGCCGUGUUGAUACUAUUGCUCUCUCGGUUGUUAGAGAAGAACAUCUUUCCUUGUUUUAUCAGAGUAGGCAGACACUAAAGGUGGAAAUAUGGGUGACCGUUGAGAUUGAGACCACAUUUGUCUCGUGGAGCAAGUUCUUAACAUUAGAUUUAGUUUCUCCUUGUUUAUCGAGAUCAAUGAGCUUCUAUAUUCUUGAUGAGGAGAAGAAAAUUGUUGUGUGUUGUGAUGAAAGCGAAAAUUUCUACUACUCCAAAUUGGUAUGGAUUGCUAGAGAAGGACAAGAAUAUAGACCAUCUCCCGAUAAGUCAGUUUUCUGUGGCAUACAAGCAGCGCAUUUUCAAUGUUACCGUUGUAUACCAAGGUUGUUUGGUUAUGUUCCAAAAGAUUAG